ACACUUUGGCAGACUACUAUCGCGAGAAAAACAUGUUAUGAGAACAAAUCGACAUUUCCGGUUUAUUUUUAAGAUAUUUAUUUUUGCUGAUUUAUGAGAACCUAUUUCAGUAAAAUCUGAAUAUCCUUAUUUAUUCAGUUGAACCAAAUACAGAAAGAUGUCAGAGGAUUUGUUGAAACAGUUGGGCAGCUACAAAGCACAGUUGCAACAAGUGGAAGCCGCCUUAUCAACCGAUCCUGACAAUGAAGACCUUCUCAAAUUACAGAAAGACUUAUCGGAAGUCAUAGACUUAACAAAAGACCUCCUGACGUCCCAGCCCUCCGAAGGUACUGCUAGUGCCAACAGCUCAGAUGCAGCCCCCCUGAAACAUAGGUGGAGCGUUGGGGACAGGUGUAUGACUGUGUGGAGUCAGGAUGGACAGGUGUAUGAAGCUGAGAUUGAGGAGAUAGACGGCGAGAAUGGAACGGCGGCCAUCACCUUCUCCGGCUACGGGAACGCAGAGGUGGUGCCACUGCAGAACCUCAAGCCUGCCGAGGAGGGCAAGCACUCUGAGGAUGACGGGAAAUCCAAGUCCAGGAAGGAGCAGAUAGCAGACCAGAGGGAGUACAAGAAGAAGAAGGCCCAGAAGAAGGUGCUGAGGAUGAAGGAGCUGGAACAGGAGCGAGAAGACCAGAAAUCCAAGUGGCAGAGUUUUAACAACAAGGCCUAUAACAAGAACAAGAAAGGACAGGUGAAGAGGAGUAUAUUUGCAUCGCCGGAGAGUGUAAACGGAAAGGUGGGAGUAGGAACAUGUGGCAUUGCAGACAAACCUAUGACCACGUAUCAUGACACAUCCAAAUAUAACGUCAGGCAUCUAAUGCCACAGUGACCGAACAUUUUAUCUUGGUGUAAAAGUAUCCUAUUGUAUAGUAGCAAGAUCAUUGCUUACCGUUGUGUUUUAUAUGGUUUGGGUUACCCCAGUAAAGGAGCUUUGAAACAAAUUGCUUGCUCACCAUUGGUUGCCUCAUUGGGAAAUUGUCCUUACCAGUAUAUCACACAGAACAGCAGAAUUCAUAAUAAAAUAAAUGACCACUGUAAUGGAGUUGCAGCACAAAUAAUGGUUGUGGUGAAAUUAGUCUGGGUUGCUGUAUCCUUCUGAAUGCAACAAAGGCCAAAAAAGCAUUUCCAUGUUUUCAAUGUUACACAUUUAUUAUCGAUUUUUCAGGUUGAACUAGACUUGCUUUUUAAAGCAAGUCAUAAAGCUAAUUUUACAUCUCAGUUUUGUACAUUUACAGGGAAACAAAUUGUUUUUUGUUUAGAGGUAAGAUGUUCCUCUCAUUUUUUCCCUGAACUUGGGCUUUAACUUAAGUCUGAAGAAUUGUUCAUAUUGGUACUGAAUGUUGUUUAACACAGUUCCUCCAGAUGGCAGUAAUGUAUUUUAUACCAUCUUUGUUCUGUGAUGUAUGUCAAUGACCUUAUGCCACUGCUGGUGAUAUAAGCUUUUUUUUAAAUAAAAUCAGGGAUGUUGUGGAUUCUCCUAUUAAAUCUU